UCCGCCCCGCGCGGGACAGCCGCGCACGGCCGCGCCGGAGCCGCGGGCUGCACUUGUUGAUCGCCGAGCCGAGGCAGCGGCCGGCAGCGCCGGGGCUCCCCUCUGUGUCUGCCCGGGGACGGGGCCGGGGGGCGGGCGCAGACGCGGCUCCGGCGCUGGCUGCGGGUAGGAGCGAGGAGCCGCAGCCGAGGGAAGGCCUCGGAAAGCUUCCUGCCGAAGGACCCGAUUUACCUCGCUUCCCUUCCCCUCCCCCUGGGCUCCGCGGACAGCCGGGAGCGCCGCCGCCAUCCCUCCGCCUUGAGGCUGCCCGCGGGGGGAUGCGAGCGGGGCCGCCCCUGCCGCCCGCCCCGCCGCAGGAUGUAGCCGCCCUCGGCCCCGCACGCCCCGCACCGCCUCGCCGGGAGCCCGCAGGAGGAGCUCCGGGCAUGGAGGGCAGGGAGAGGUGAGCAGAGCCGGCCCCGCGCCCUGCCCCGCGCCGCACCGUGCCGCGUCCAGCCCGAGCGGGACCAGCGAUGCCUCUGGGGAUGAAUAAGCAUGGAUCUCGCUCUACUACCUCUUUGCCUCCGGACCCCACCGAGAUCGUCAGGAGCAAGGCCUGCUCCCGAAGGGUCAAGCUCAACGUGGGGGGGCUGGCCCACGAGGUUCUCUGGCGGACCUUGGACAGGUUGCCGCGGACCAGGCUGGGUAAGCUCAGAGACUGCAACACGCACGACUCCCUCAUGGAGAUCUGCGACGACUACAACCUGGAGGAGAACGAGUACUUCUUCGACAGGCAUCCCGGGGCAUUCACCUCGAUCUUGAACUUCUAUCGCACCGGCAAGCUGCACAUGAUGGAGGAGAUGUGCGCCUUGUCCUUCAGCCAGGAGCUGGACUACUGGGGGGUGGACGAGAUCUACCUGGAGUCCUGCUGCCAGGCCCGCUACCACCAGAAGAAAGAGCAGAUGAAUGAGGAGCUGAAGAGAGAAGCAGAGACCCUGAGGGAAAGGGAAGGGGAGGAAUUCGAUAACACUUGCUGUGCUGAGAAAAGGAAAAAGCUCUGGGACCUCCUGGAGAAGCCCAACUCCUCCGUAGCGGCCAAGAUUUUGGCAAUCAUUUCCAUCAUGUUUAUUGUACUAUCUACAAUUGCCUUGUCCCUUAAUACACUUCCUGAGCUACAAGGCGUGGAUGAGUUUGGGCAGACCACAGAUAACCCCCAGCUGGCCCACGUGGAAGCGGUGUGCAUCGCCUGGUUUACCAUGGAAUACCUCCUGCGCUUCCUCUCCUCCCCUAAGAAAUGGAAGUUUUUCAAAGGCCCGCUGAACGCUAUAGAUUUGCUGGCUAUCUUACCCUACUAUGUUACUAUCUUCCUCACGGAAUCCAAUAAAAGUGUACUUCAGUUCCAAAACGUACGAAGAGUGGUCCAAAUAUUUCGGAUCAUGAGGAUACUCCGGAUUCUAAAACUGGCCCGGCACUCCACGGGCUUACAGUCCCUGGGGUUUACACUGAGGAGGAGUUACAAUGAACUUGGAUUACUCAUCUUGUUUCUGGCUAUGGGCAUUAUGAUCUUCUCCAGUUUAGUGUUUUUUGCAGAAAAGGAUGAGGAUGAUACAAAAUUCAAGAGCAUCCCAGCUUCUUUCUGGUGGGCAACAAUCACCAUGACAACAGUAGGCUAUGGAGACAUUUACCCCAAAACUCUUUUGGGUAAAAUAGUAGGAGGACUGUGCUGCAUCGCUGGUGUGCUGGUGAUAGCUCUUCCCAUCCCAAUUAUUGUCAAUAACUUCUCAGAGUUUUACAAAGAGCAGAAGAGGCAGGAGAAAGCCAUUAAGCGCAGGGAAGCUCUUGAGAGAGCAAAAAGAAAUGGCAGUAUUGUUUCCAUGAACAUGAAGGAUGCGUUUGCCCGCAGCAUAGAACUCAUGGACAUUGUGGUUGAAAAGAAUGGAGAAAGCAUAGCCAAAAAGGAUAAAGUUCAGGACAAUCAUUUAUCUCCAAGCAAGUGGAAAUGGACCAAGAGAACACUCUCUGAAACUAGUUCUAGUAAAUCUUUUGAAACUAAGGAACAAGGAUCCCCAGAAAAAGCCAGGUCGUCUUCAAGUCCCCAACACCUGAAUGUCCAACAGCUCGAGGACAUGUACAACAAAAUGGCAAAGACUCAGUCCCAGCCAAACCUUAUCACUAAAGAGUCGAGUCAAGCUGGGAAGCAAAAGGAGGAGCUGGAAAUGGAGACCCUCCCUGGCCCCAUGGUGCCGCUGCUGGCGACGCGCGCGGACGGGAUCGUGGACAUGAGGAGCAUGUCCAGCAUCGACAGCUUCAUCAGCUGCGCCGCCGAGUUCCCCGACGCCGCGCGCUUCCCGCACAGCCCGCUCACCGCCCUGCCCGGCCAGCGCGGCGGCGCCCUCCCGGAGCAGGGCCGGCCCGAGGGCAGCGCUGCCCGCUACGCGGAGCUGAACCCCGGCUCCGACAGCAGCCACCGCUCCGCUUUCUUCAUCGACAGUCCCAAAAGCUCCACAAAGGCCAGUAACCCUCUAAAACUGAGGUCUCUGAAAGUCAACUUCAUGGAAGAGGACACCAGCGCAUUCGUACCAGCAUCAAAUGUACUGAGAACAUACCCAGACCCUCUCAAGAGCCGGGGAGCUGCUGCUGCUGCCACAGACACUUCCUUACUCUCUGACAGGUCUCUCAUGAGCCCAGAAGCCUCGAUCUACACAACUGCGAGCGCGAGAACCCCCCCAAAGUCACCAGAGUCCCAGGCAGCCAUAGCUUUCAACUUCCACGAUGCUGGCAUACACAAAUACAUCGAUGCUGACACUGAUGAUGAAGGUCAGCUGAUGUAUGAUUCGAGUCCGCCUGGAAAUGUGAGUCCCAAGUACAGUGUUGCAAGCAGUGGCUAUCUAAAGCAAAAGGACCAUGUUUAUAGAACAGAGAAGAACCAUCUAGAAGCUGCUGCUUUACCCACCUCCCCUAAGCUGAUAGGGCAGAACUGCAUUUACUCUAUGGAAGGUAUCACUGGAAGAACCCAGGGCAAUCAGGAGACUGUCAGACUAGAAAAUCACAUUUCCCCAGAAGUCCAUGUAUUACCAGGCAGCGGAGGACAUGCUAACACACAUGAUCAAAGCAUCUGAGGUGGGGUCUGAAAGAACUUACUGAGAGUUUAGAGGAAUAUCUUCACAGUCAACACAAACAAAAGAGCUUCUGCAUGGCAUGAACUUGGCUGAAACAAGCCACCUGUUUCUAAAAGUCUGGGGGAGGUCCAGUGUGGGUUUGUGAAAAUGUCCUUCUCUGAAACAACUCUAAAGACAUUGCCCACAUCAGUCAAAAAAAUGAUUGCAAAUCAUGAUCACACAUUGAUCUCCUUUCAUGUUGUCCAGUGAAGCCAAUGUGACCAAAUAUCCAUCCAUUCCCCUUGAACGCUAGAGCUCCUUUUGGAAAUAUUAACAUCUGAUUUGCAUUAGUUCCAUAAAGGAUGCCAAGGCAGCCAGAUUUGAACUCUGGAAUAAAUUGCUGGGGUUGGUAUAAAGCUUUCAAAAACACAAUGCUCACUGCUUCAGGGCAGCGGUUCCCCAUCUACAGCUUUCUCUGAUGGAUAUUAUGUUUAAAGGUAACAGGGAACACUUGCAUUAUUAGAAAAUACAAGCAAAAAGCAUUUGAAACAAUUAACGGUCUAGAGAAACCAAUUCUUAAAAUGCUCUUUGUGUGUUUAACGAUCUGAUAUCCCGUAGGACCUGACGUUUUCUUUUGAAAUAUUAGCAGGGUGAGUUGCACCACUUGUAUCUAAUUCCAAACAUGCCCUAGGACAUAGUGAGACUUGCACUUGCCCUCGGCUGGAAGCCGGUGCCUGCCCCAGGGCCAGCGUGGCCCGGGGAGGCCGGAGGAGCCAUGCAGAAGCAGGGGCCCCGGGGCUGGCCCUGCCCUGCCCUGCCCGUGCCAGGCACGCCGCGCCCGCCGGGGCCGGCAGAGGAGCAGGUUGGUCCGGAGCUUUUCGCGCCCGAGCAGCGCAGUGAAAGAUAUGCAAGUGUUACAUAAAUAUGCAAAAAGAGGGAUUCGCUAGGGACCCGUCCCAGGUCUGGCCGUGCUCCCUCUCGCCACGAGGUCGGGCAGCAGAGGCUCCUGCAGGGCCGUGGCACGAAGCAGCCGCGAGAGGCAGGAGAAUCAGGCCUGACGUUUUAAUAACAUCCAGUCGUUUUUAAAUGAAACAAGAAAGUAAGGAGGAAAGGGAAAAAAAAGAGAGAUCUGACCAUUUUAAGUGAACAGAACUAGCAGCCACCAGCCUAGGUUUUUAAAAUAUUAUUGUUUCAAUAAAGUUAUGUCAAAUUGUGUAGGAAAUAA